AUGUUCCGAAAAGGCUAUAUUACCGUGGACCAUAUUCAUACGCUGUGGCAAGUUAUAAAGAAGACCGAAGAGUAUAACCGACCAUUCUGCUUAGCACAUGGUACAUCGAGGUUGGCGGCAGCGCAGGAGGCGGCGGGCGCGCAGGCUCGCGCGGCGCCAGCUGAUACCAUGGGCGGCGCGCACCAGCCCGCUGCUCCAGGGCCCAGCUCGCUAUUUAUAUUUGCCAACGAAAAUCCUAUUCGGAGGUAUACAAAGUUCAUCAUCGAGUGGCCGCCCUUCGAGUACGCGGUGCUGCUUACCAUCAUCGCCAACUGCGUGGUGCUGGCGCUGGAGGAGCACUUGCCCAACGGCGACAAGACCGUCUUAGCACAGAAUUUGGAAGAAACCGAGGCGUACUUUUUAGGGAUAUUUUGUGUAGAAGCCUCGUUAAAAAUCUUAGCAUUAGGUUUUGUUUUACACAGGGGAUCGUAUCUUAGAAACGUUUGGAACAUCAUGGAUUUUUUCGUUGUAGUAACUGGAAUAGCAAAGUUAGACAUGCUCCGUAUACCCUCAUAUAAGGAGUCCACGAAACGAUUAAUUGCGAUUGACAGUAAUUAUGUAAUUGGCUCUCAUUAA